AAACGGGACUGUUUGUUCUGGAUUUGGGGCGAGGAAGGUCUGCGAGCGCUGACAACCGACUGAAGAAGCCACAGCGUGUCACCGACAGACCUCUGGGGCUACCUCGGGAAACCACCGCCGCACCGACUGAGAUAUGAUCACCCAAUAGGAUUAGAUCGCAGCUGCACAGCAACAAACAUAGCGUCGAGUAAGGAGUAUAAUGGCCUGAGGGGGGUCCCCCCGGUCCCGCCUGCCCCUGCCAGGUCCAAUCUGCUUAAACUGUCGGCUCAGCCACUGCAACCCAUCUCUGCCAUGGGGGACGGACUGGAUGCAGGCAGCAGCCAGAACCCUCCCUCUGCCCCACCCCCUCUCUCUUUCAACCCUGCACCCCCGGAAACAUGGAACCCCUCCAGACCCCGACGGCAGACCAACCAGCUACAGUUCCUGCUUAAAGAAGUGUUGAAGACAUUAUGGAAACACCACUUUGCAUGGCCCUUCCAGAAUCCUGUAGAUGCCCUCAAACUCAACUUACCUGACUAUUAUAAGAUCAUCAACAGCCCUAUGGACAUGGGCACCAUUAAAAAACGACUAGAGAACAACUACUACUGGAACGCCCAGGAGUGUAUCCAAGACUUCAACACAAUGUUCACAAACUGCUACAUCUACAACAAGCCGGGGGAUGACAUUGUCCUGAUGGCGGAGGCCUUGGAAAAGGUCUUCCUCUGUAAGAUCACAGAGAUGCCGGAGGAGGAGAAGGAGAUUGCUCUGGUUACCAAAGGACGCAGAGGGCCCAGACGGGAUACAGGUCUGAUAAAGUCAGAUUCAGGACAGGAGUCAUCGUCCCCCUCCAGCACCCCCCACACUCGAGGCUUCUCCUCCCCCCAAACAACCCCACAUAGCCAUGCUGUACCGGCCCCUCAAGUUCUUCCCCCCCUGGCCCUGCCUCAGCCUCAACCUCAACCUCAACCUCAGCCUCAGCUUCAGCCUCAGUCUCAGCCUCAGCCCCCGCCCCCACCCCCACGUGUGCCUCCUACACCUGCCUCCCAUGCAUCCCAUCUAGGACUCCCUUUUUCCCUCUCGACCCCUGACAUCCUGGCACAGGGAAUGACUUCGGUUUUCCCUGCAGCCCCAGCACACCCAGGCCUCCAUCAGCCACCGAUGCUGCAGAGCUCCCCUGCACUUGUUAAGCAAAGGACGAGCAAGAAGAGGAAAGCAGACACCACCACGCCCACAGCCAACGACCAGCUCAGCGAAUCAUCCCCUGUCUCCACUGAGGCUCGUCCUCGCAGAGAGAGCAGUCGCCCAAUGAAGCAACCAAAAAAAGAAGCAUCCCAGCCGGACUCCCAGCAUCACCUGGGAGGCGUUUCGGAGACGGGAGGGGCGGUGACGCAGAAGCGGCAGGACUAUCUGCGAUUCUGUUCACGCCUCGUCAAAGAGAUGCUUUCCAAGAAACACGUAGCAUACGCCUGGCCUUUUUACAAGCCUGUGGAUGUAAAAGCUCUCGGUCUUCAUGACUACCACGAAAUCAUCAAACACCCCAUGGACCUCAGCACCGUCAAGAAAAAGCUGGACAGCAGACAGUACAGAGACGCUCAAGAGUUCGCAACAGACGUCCGGGUGAUGUUCUCCAAUUGUUACAAGUACAAUCCCCCCGACCAUGAUGUGGUUGCCAUGGCUCAAAAACUACAGGAAAUGUUUGAGAUGCGUUUUGCCAAAAUGCCUGAGGAGCCAGAGGAGCCCGUCCCUGUUCCCACCCCAUCGUCGGCCCUACACCCUGCCCCCUCCACUCGACAAGCCCCGCCUCCUUCUACCGUCUUUGAGAGGGACAGCUCCAGUUCCUCCGAAUCGGAGUCCUCGGGAGGAGACUCAGAGCACGAAAGGCAGCAGCGAUUGGCAGAGUUACAGGAACAGCUUAAAGCUGUGCACGAGCAGCUGGCAGCACUCUCACAACCCCCAGUUACUAAGCCUAAGAAGAAAGAGAGGGAGAAGAAGGAGAGGAAGAAAGAAAAGCAUAAGAAGAUGGUGGGAGCAGAGGAGCCUGUGGAGAGCCCUCCGCCUGUGGUGCUCCAGUCUUCUAAGAAAAACAAGAGCAGCAAGGAGCCAAUCGUUGUGAAGAAGGAAAGGAAAAAGCCGGGAAAGAAAGAAGGGGUUAAAAACAGCCGCCCGAAUGUGCUUCCCCCGCUCGGGCCGACUCCUCUGGUCCCUUCGGCUGCUCUUGAAGCGGAGGAUGACAUCGAUACGCUCGGGGCGGGAUCUGCAGACAGAUCCAAGCCAAUGUCGUAUGAGGAGAAGCGUCAACUGAGCCUGGACAUCAACAAGCUGCCCGGUGACAAACUAGGCCGUGUCGUGCACAUAAUCCAGACACGUGAGCCGUCUCUGAAGAACUCCAACCCAGACGAGAUCGAGAUCGACUUUGAGACGCUGAAGCCCUCCACGCUGAGAGAGCUGGAGAAAUACGUCUCCAGCUGCCUCAAGAAGAAGAAGAAGCCAUCAGCAGAGAAACCUCUGGAGAUGUCGAAUACUUCAAAGAUAAAGACAGAGUCCUCGUCUUCAGGCAGCAGUGACUCCUCUGAUAGUGAAGACUCUGAGAAUGCAGGGCUGGUUCCCAAGCUGCAGAAGAAGAACUUGAUUAACAAAGACAUCAAGAGACCGCUUCACCAGGUCCUCAGUGCUGCACCGGCUCCGGUCGCUCCUCAGCCUCAGCCUCCGGCUGUCCAGUCCAAACCCCCGUUUGUCCCCCCUCCCCCUGUCGCCGUCUCGGUCCCGUCUCUGGACUCCCAGCUGCUGGGCUCUGGAUUUGAUCCUCUGGCUCACUUCAUGAACCCCCACCUGACACAGUCCAACACAGAGCCCAAUCCAAGCAUCAAUCCUGCUGUUGCCCCCGCCAUGUCCGGCCCCCUCAACGCAAACACACCCACCGGCCAGGCGACAGCUGAGACGCACCCUUUCCUAAACCAACACCCAAUGAUACCUUCACCAGCGGUCCAUAAUGCUCUUCCCCAGCAGCCAUCGAGACCUAGCAACAGAGCAGCGCCGCUCCCUCCAAAAGUCCCCCAGCCUCCCCCAUCCACCCUCCCCUCCCUGCCUCCAUCGCCCUCUCCCCAACUUCAGCCCUCGCUGCCACUCCCACUCCCCCAGCCCGUUCCCCGUCCUCGCGUCCCCUCACCCCCAUCGCACGGAAUCUUGGGUACCCUCUCAGCACAACCGCCCCAAGCCCUCCUGGAGGAUGACGAAGAGCCCACGCCCAACAGCUCUGACAUCACUUCCCUCAGUCAGGUUCACAGCUUCCUGCAGUCUCUCCAGGCUCGACCCUCUGCACCGACUCUUCACACGCUCACACAUUCGCCCGUGCAGAACGCCUCUCAGCUCAUGCAGUCAAUGAACGCACAGUCUGUGACCCCAUCCAACCCCGCCCUGACGCAGAGACACAGCUCGGGUCAUUCACACUUGCGGCAGCCCUUCCCACAUAUGAACACGUCAACGCCACAGCAGCAGCAGAAAGGGGUGGCCAUGCAGCAGAAGGUGCAUCAGAUGCAACAUCAACAGCAGUCCCCACGCAUCAAAGCAGAGCCUUUCUCAACAGGUUGCCAACGUGAGAGCCCAUCUCCACUGAUGAUGCACUCUCCUCAGAUGCCUCAGUUCCACUCAAUGGGACAUCAGUCGCCCCCGCAGACCAAGAAACAUGAGCAGAGGUCCAACCUGGUGGGGGUCAAAGAAGAGAAGCCGACCCAGUCGCCCGUUCUGCCCCCCUCGCCUUUCAGUCCUGUUAUGCGGCAAGACACACACAAACCUGACAACAAACACAGAUUAGAGUCAAAGUCAUUGGACAAUUCUCGCACUGGUUCCCGCCACACAGAGUCCCCAGUCCCCCCCUGCUCCCAGCAGGACAUCAAAAUCAAACAAGAGCCCAAAACUCCAAUCGCUGCCAAGAAGACACAGGAUGUGAAGUUAAAGAACAUGGGCCCUUGGGCGAGCCUGGCUCAGAGGUCCCAGUCCACGCCGGCCUCCUCUGUGCGCUCCUCCAGUGACAGCUUCGAACAGUUUAGACGGGCCGCCAAGGAGAAGGAGGAGAGAGAGAGACAGCUGAAAGCACAGGCCGAGCAGGCCAGGAGAGAGCAGGAGAAGCUACGCCGUGAUGACGAUGGCACCAUGGAGCACUCUCGUCGGGCGCAAGAAGACACCCGCCGUCGCCAGGAGCAGCAGUCACCUCUCGCUCCCACACCUCCAGCUUCCACCCCGCCCACUCACUCUCCACAGGCCCCGCCCCCUCCGCAACAAGCUCCAACCCCGCCCUCUUCAGCUGCACAGAAUGCCCUUGACCAGAGGGAGAUAGCACGCCGCCGCGAGCAGGAGAGGCGCAGAAGAGAGGCGGUGGACCCCAUUGACAUUAACUUCCAGAGUGACCUGAUGGCCAUCUUUGAGGAAAACCUGUUCUGAUUGUGGAAAGCAGAUGGUGGGAGUGAAAGAAGGACCUGUAGACACACAUAAGCAAAAUUUUCCAAACAUGCAUCUAAAACCACAAAGCUCUGAAACACGGUCGCUGCUCUCACACAAACACAAACACAGACUCGAUAGUAACUGUCCCUUUCUCUCAGUAGUUGAAACAGCUGGCUUGUGUCAUGUGAAUGAGAGGGGGGAAGUGAAAUUGAAAUAAGCAACCCUCCUUUCCUCCAACCUCAGAUACGUUUUGGUGUCUGGCUUGGUGUUGAUGGUCGUUGGCUCUGGGUCCCCGGGUCGGGCCGGGCUAGUCCAGCAGUGAAAUAAUCAGUCAGCUGUCUCCCUUGGAAAAAAAGAAAUCAAGACAAGCAGAAUGAAAAGGAGGGGGACAGGACUUUACAUAAAAAAAUAAUGGUUUAAUUUAAGAAGUUCAAUGAAAGCCGUAUUCUAUAAUGUCUGAGAAGAAAGAAGGAGGUGUAGAAGGAACAGGUGAACAAAUUUAUAAACAGAAAGAUCACUUUGUUUUUGUCUUUUCCUCUCUUCUAAUCUGUCUAUUUUUACUUUCUGUUGGUUUUUUAACCGAAGCUGGUGUGGUCUAGUUUGUCGGGCACAGGGGUCACAUGAGAGUGGCAUGUUUUCUCUGGACACAGCGGGGGGGUGGGACUCAACACCCCCCCCCCGGCCACUUUCACACACUCGCGAUCCAUCCUUCCUCCCUUCACUUCUUAUUCUCUCUCUCCAAGUCAAUAAGAUGGAGGCGUCGUCAGUGACGCUGAUAAGGAAGGAACGGUCAUUAGGAACGUCUCAAGAGUGUGUCCUUUGCCUUAGCGCUCCGGCCUGUAAACUAACAAUCAUACCCUACAAAUUAUACAUAUUAUAUAUAUAAAUAGAUACAUGAAUAUAUAUUAUAUACGACGCAACAUCAGCGCAAAAAGAACAUGAGAGGGAUUUAGGAUUUGGGAGGAGUAACGCUCGUCUCUGUGUUCAUCUCUGAGCUCUGGUUUUUGAUUUUGUAGAAUUUACUGUAAAGAAGAAAAAAACUUUUUUAUGAUUCUAUCGAGAGGAUUGUUUCGUCCGUGGUAUUCUCUCUUAACUUUUUUUUUUUCUGAUUAUUUUUUCUCGACUCUAUGCCAAAACCAAUCUAUUGAGUGCUGAAAGUUCAUUCUCAUUUUUUACGUGUAAAAUGCAUCUUCUUUUCACUUUAUAUUAAAGGCUAUGUUUUUAUUGCUAUUUAAUUUUUCCUUCAUCCCCCCAUCUAAAUCUGAAGUUCUGCAACCGUUUGCUCUGUAACAGUUUGAUGAAGCGGUUCCACCAUCAUCAUCAUCAUCGUCGUCGUCAUCGUCGUGUGUCACUACUUUACCAGACACGUCAUUAUGUGUUCAGUACCUUCACUUCACUCAUCAUUACUCACUUCUUUUUUUUUUUAAGUUUCCUCUCAUCAUGUACAUGUUUUUAGUCUGUCCUCCUCACAGCUUCAGUCUGUAUUUUAGGUUCCUGUUUGUCAUCUUUUUAGUCUUUUAGUUUUCUUUUUGAAGUCUUUCAUCGUCCAUGCUAACUGAUUUGGGAUGUCGUGUGCCAUUGUGUUUUUAUGGAAGCAGGACGCUCUCCUGGUUUCCUUUAGGUUGGCCCAGAGAUCUGUGAGUGUUUUCGACUCUAUAAUCACUUUUUUUAAUGUUUCAUUCAUUUCUUUUCCCUUUUCAUAUUUGAUUGUUUUGAGUUUUUUAUUUUUUUUCCUUUGCUUUUUUUCUCUGAUUUUAUUUUAUCCAGAACAACCUGUUGGUAUGUUGGUGAGUGAGGCAUUGAGGUCAAUAGAUUCAUCUUGUUCAGAUUAUGGAGUAAAGCAUCUUUUUUAAGAAAAGUAUUAAAAUAAUAUUUAAAAAAAUCUUUACACAA